GAGAGGAGAAAAGGCUGGGAGCCGGCGGGCGCUGUGUGUGUGCGCGUGGAGGGGAGUGUGGGAGUGAGCGUGCGAGCCGCCCUUGCCCCUCCUGUGGUCCCAGCAGAGGGGCCCGGUGCCCGGUGGCCUGGGGAGGGCGGGCGGGCGACUUGGAGGCAGAGGCAGCUAGAGGCGGCGGGAGAGCCGACGAGGAGGAGGAGGAGAGAGGAAAGAGCCGAGCAGCCAUUGUUGAAGGAAACCUUGCAAACAAAGAAGGCUCCGGACUCCCCGCGGCCCCCCGCCCCCCAGGCCGGCCCCCCUGCCCCCGGCCCCCAGCCCAGUGGCCAUUGUAACUUUCCCCCGGGGCUGUGAGCGCCGAGGGGCGGGCCGAGGCCGUGCGUGAGAGUCUUUGUGCGGCCCGCAGAGUGCAGCUCCCCGUCAGGCCUACCUGUCCCACCCGGGCCAUGAGCGGCUGAAGUUGCCCCUCUCCCCCAGUCCUCGCCCGUGCCGGGGCCCCUCUGGGCUGCCAGCGCUCCCCGCACCUCUCCUGGCCCCCUCAGUUCUCUCAGGUUGUUCCUCAAAGUCAUUCAAGCUGUACUCACCGAAGGAGCCCCCGAACGGCAACGCCUUUCCCCCUUUCCAUCCUGGCACCAUGCUGGAUCGGGAUGUGGGCCCAACUCCCAUGUACCCGCCUACAUACCUGGAACCUGGGAUUGGGAGGCACACACCGUAUGGCAACCAAACUGACUACAGAAUAUUUGAACUUAACAAACGGCUUCAAAACUGGACAGAGGAGUGUGACAAUCUCUGGUGGGAUGCUUUUACAACUGAGUUCUUUGAGGAUGAUGCCAUGUUAACCAUCACUUUCUGCCUGGAGGAUGGACCAAAGAGAUAUACCAUUGGCCGGACCCUGAUCCCACGCUACUUCCGCAGCAUCUUUGAAGGGGGUGCCACGGAGCUGUAUUAUGUGCUUAAGCACCCGAAGGAGGCAUUCCACAGCAACUUUGUAUCCCUCGACUGUGACCAGGGCAGCAUGGUGACCCAGCAUGGCAAACCCAUGUUCACCCAGGUGUGUGUUGAGGGACGAUUGUACCUGGAGUUCAUGUUUGAUGACAUGAUGCGGAUAAAGACGUGGCACUUCAGCAUCCGGCAGCACCGAGAGCUCAUCCCCCGUAGCAUCCUUGCCAUGCACGCCCAGGACCCACAGAUGCUAGAUCAGCUCUCUAAAAACAUCACCCGAUGUGGGCUGUCCAAUUCCACUCUCAACUACCUCCGACUCUGUGUGAUACUCGAGCCCAUGCAGGAGCUCAUGUCUCGCCAUAAGACCUACAGCCUCAGCCCUCGAGACUGCCUCAAGACUUGCCUUUUCCAGAAGUGGCAGCGCAUGGUAGCACCCCCAGCGGAGCCUGCACGGCAGCAGCCCAGCAAACGGCGGAAACGGAAGAUGUCAGGGGGUAGCACCAUGAGCUCGGGAGGUGGCAACACCAAUAACAGCAACAGCAAGAAGAAGAGCCCAGCCAGCACCUUCGCCCUCUCCAGCCAGGUACCUGAUGUGAUGGUGGUGGGGGAGCCCACCCUGAUGGGCGGGGAGUUCGGGGACGAGGACGAGAGGCUCAUCACCCGGCUGGAGAACACCCAGUUUGACGCGGCCAACGGCAUUGACGACGAGGACAGCUUUAACAACUCCCCCGCAUUGGGCGCCAACAGCCCCUGGAACAGCAAGCCUCCGUCCAGCCAAGAAAGCAAAUCGGAGAACCCCACAUCACAGGCCUCCCAGUAAAGGCCCUGCCAUGGCCACCUAGUGCUCUGCCUGCCUGCCCCUUCCCUCGCAGCCCCAGGGAGCAGAAGACAAAAUGAAGAGACUGAGCAUCUAAAAUGGGCAGCCUCUAUCCACCCACUUCAGGGAGGAACUGGACUCACCAGGGCAGGUGCCAAGACUUGCCCACCAGUGGCUCUGGAUUGGGCAUGACGUCUGCAGAGCCUUUUGGGGGAAGAGAGUACGCAAGUGGAUGCCCACGUGGUUCUGGGCCUCUAAGGAGAGAAAUGUCCUGAUUACCCUCCAGGACGUUUGCAUCCAUCCUCACUGGGUUUCCCAUCCUCUUGACUGUACCCCCUUCAUUCAAGCCUGGGGUUGUCUAUAUCUAUAGCCCUUAGGGACUAAAAGUUACAGGGCAUGGUUGAAUGCUCCCAAUCCCUCCCACUGGUGGCUGGCAGUAGAAGGGUAAACCUCUGGGCUCUUCUUCCCUUCUGCUACCUAUCUUAGCUCCAAGUUUUUAAAAAAAAUAAUAUUAUUAAAAAUGUAAGUU